AUGUUGCUUAUCGCGCGAAAAUGGAGGUCUCGAAAGACCAUGCUCUAUCUUUUCGCUGCGGAAUUUCCCUUUACUGUGGCCGCUCUUGCUCUCUUCGCCAUUGCACAACCAAACACCUACCGCACACGGCUCUGGGCAGAUGGAUACAGCAAUGGCUUCAACAGUUCGCCGACUGAGAUUCUUUACUCAUACGCGAACCAUAGGCCGAUCAGUCCUCCUCUCGUCUGGAGUCAAUUUAUCACCGACUACAAUGUCGUGAUCUCAGUGCUCUCGAUGUUCAUAAUGCUCGUCAAGCCCGUUCUUUUCUUCAUGCGUGCUCUUAUCCCGAUACUCUCUGCCCUGGUCCACAUCUUACAGGUCGUCUUGUAUGCGUAUAGUGCUUAUGGCCAAGCUGCACCCGAUAUGACCGACAAGGGCCAUCCGCAAAGAGGCGCGCCAUGGUACAUUACCAAAAGUUGUAGUGUCGCAUCGGACAAGAAAAACAUUGGUUACUGUAAGCAAGCGAAAGCUAGCUUUGCUGUGACGCUGUGCCUCUUAAUAUUGUUUGCCAUCACGCUAGCGAUCUCACUCCACUCCUGUGUGCCUACCAAAGCAGAGAAGCUUGCUCGAGCAGCCGACGUUGAAGAGACUGAGAUACCAGAAUACUCACCAGAAACGGCCCGACUGGAUGAGCAAGAAUGGGAGAAAAUGCGGUCGCAGGCAGAAUGGGACUACUCACGGGCGCCAGGCACAUCGCAUGCGUUGAACCCUAUGACACCAAGAACAGUGGCAUUCCAGACACUUGAGGGAUGCAGCUCGACGACGUUCUCGAGUACGCUACCAUUCAGAGAGCGGUACGGAGGACCCGAUGGACGAUAA